AUGGCAGCCGAACCAAUGGGACAAGAUGAAACUGCGCAACAACCGGCUAAAGGUCCAAAUGAUGGUGCACAAAAGUUUUACAAAAUGAUAGAUGAUGUGGACAAACCUUUAUAUGCUGGUUAUGCUAAGUUGCCAAAGGACCAUUAUGAGGCUAAGGAGAUAGUCCGAGAUUUGGGUUUCAAUUAUGAGAAGAUCCAUACUUGUCCCAAUGAUUGUAUCUUAUUUUGGAAGGAUAAUGUUAACCUCGAGGCGUGUCCUUGUUGCAAAGAAAGUAGGUGGAAAAUGAAUGAGGCAUCUGUUACAGGUAAUAAUGCCUUAUCCAAUAAGGGAAAGAAGAAAGCCGCAAAGAUCCUACGGUGGUUCCCCUUAAAGCCAAGAUUGCAACGACUGUUUUUAUCACCCGACUUGGCUAGUUCUAUGAAAUGGCAUGUUAAUGGUCAUAUAGAUGAUGGGGUAAUGCGGCAUCCUGCUAACCCGGAUGCAUGGAAAAUGUUUGACACCACGUAUUUACAGUUCUCGUCUGAGCCUCAUAAUGUCAGACUUGGAUUAGCUGCGAAUGGGUUUAACCUCUUCGGAAUUAUGAGUACUACUCACAACACUUGGCUUGUCAUGCUAGUCCCUUACAAUCUCCCACCUUGGCUGUGCAUGAAAUGGUCGUCCUUGAUUCUAUCACUACUUAUUCCUGGUCCUACAUCGCUAGGUAUUGCGAUAGAUGUGUACUUGCAACCCUUAGUAGAAGAACUUAGGGAAUUAUGGGAUGUUGGAGUAGAAGCGUUUGAUGCAUCUUCAAAAAAUGUUUUUCAAUUGCGUGCGGCAUUGAUGUGGACCGUACAUUAUUUUCCUGUAUACAUAGAUGUGUCGGGUUGGAGUACGAAGGGACAUAGGCGAUGGUUGGAUAGUGAUCACAAAUUUUGGGAUGAAGAUACGUUAUUUGAUGGAUCUACUGAUAUGCGAGUGACUCCUAUGGCACCAGUUGCAUCAGACAUACUUGUGGAUACUGGAAAUUUAGUUAGACAGAAGAAUAUGAUGGACAAUAUACUUGGCACGGUGCUGAGCAAGAAGGACUGGACAAAGGAUAAUUAUAAGGCACGCCUUGACUUCGCAGACAUGGGAAUAAGGAGUGAACUCCACCUACGGCGAAAAGGUGAUGAUAAGUAUAUGAUACUGCCAGCGUGUUUUCAUAUGACUCCAUCAAAGAAAGAUGGUUUCUUACAAGUUUUAUGGGAUGUAAAAGUGCCUGAUGGAUAUGCUUCCAACAUCUCACGCCGUGUCAAUCUGAAAGAAUGCAAGAUUUCUGGUUUAAAGAGUCACGAUAAUCACAUCUUGAUGCAACAACUUCUUCCAAUCACUUUACGAAGAUCUUUGUCAUCGCACAUUACUGGGCCUUUGAUAAAGUUAGCUUGUUUCUUCAGAAAAAUUUGUUCCAAAACCCUUACGGUUUCAGAGAUUGAGAAUGAUGAGGCAGAGAUUGCAGUCACAUUGUGUGAAUUGGAAAAGAUAUUUCCUCCAUCUUUUUCAUUGUGA